AUCGUUUGAGGACUCUCACACACAGAAGAAUUUAAUAUGGAUGCAUAUCACAUAGAUUAUUCUAUGAAAAAUAUACCGAUCCCAUCAAAGGAAUUUUACUCUAAGAAACUUCUACAGAAAAUUACUGAUCUAAUUAAGCGCAUGAGAUGGAAGGCUUUCUUUUUUGAUACAGAAGCGGACACCACGGAAAACACUUUCUAUCGUAUAAAAUCCAAAAAAUUCCCUCCCAGGAUUAAAGGCUUGGAAGAUUUAGAAGCGGACCUGCUGAAAAUUAUGAGCAAAAUAAAAUUUCGUCAGUCGACAAUGGACAAUGCGAAAACAUUAGGCGAGCUCUUUAUACAGUUUCAAGAGAGACUCGAUGUUCUAAAUAAUAUGAUGAGCUUAAAGGAAUGCAAAGGGGAAGAUUGGUACAAGACGUCAAUGUCAAGCAUAUUCAACCAGUUAUCAACUUUUGAAGUUACAUUUGCUGCAAUAAGAAGCCGUCUCAAGGAUUUCAGAGAAGCUUUGGAGAAUGCAAAUGUUUUAAAUGAGAAUUUGAAAGAAACAAUUGAAACUGCCAAGCAUAUGAAGGAGAACUUACCAGAACACCUUAACAAUAAUAAAGCUACAGUCAAAAUCAUUCCUGAUUCUGCCAGUGUUUCUGAAACGAAUUCUGCCAGUAGCUUAAAGGAGAACACAAACAAGAAGGCAAACCUGUCCCCAGCAGAAGUUCCUCAAAAAGUCACAGAAAACAAGAACCUGUUGGAGCAGGAAGUGAAAUAUAUUGAGUUUCUCACUGUGUCACAGUUUGAUUCCAUUCCCAAAUACAUGAAAGGCCGAGUGACAUACAAGCAGGUUAACAAUGCCAUUGAGGAACUGACUAAAUGCUUUGAAGCCAAGUACAGCAUAAUGUCUCUCAGGAGAAAAGCUGUUCCAGAGAAGAAGAAGCAUAUUUAUGAAAUGUAUAAAGCUCAAGAGACUUCUGAUACUGAAGGUGUGUACUUCAUUGUCGACAAUGACAUGAAAGAGUACAGCAAACUUCGCAGUGAUCCGACAACUCGAUCCAUCCUGGUGAUGCUACGGCAUGUUGGUCGAAUCAGAGAAAUCCGAGGAGGUGGUCUUGUCCGCUAUGCUGCCACAUUCUACUGACUCUUUUCCUCUCUCUCUCUCUCUCCCUCACACCCACACACAAUGACUAUAAUUGUUUCAAUUUGUUUAUUUUCACUGUUCUCCCCCCCCCACCUCUUUCUCUCCGUCACAAGACACCUGACAACGUGUUUCUGCCGUAAAAACCAAAAGACCAAUACUUUUCCAAAUGAAAUGAAACGGUAAUUAAGAGGUUUGCUUCAUGGCCACAUGGUUUGUCGUCCAGGCCCACGGGGCAGCAACUUGGGCAGGAAUUUUCAGUGACAGCCAAAUGUUGACUAAUUCCUUGUGAGAGUAAUAUGGAAGCCCAUCAUGUGUGUGUGAAGGCUGCAGAAUCAUGAGUAUGCUAGUUAAAAGUUUUAGCAUUUCAUCCGUGUUCGCGUUCUGAGUUUAGAUUCUACCAAGGCCAACUUUGCAUUUCGUCCUUUCGGAGUCAGUAGAAUAAAUACCAAUUGAGCGCUGGGGUUGACAAAAUAAGCACCAUUUCAGUGCUGGGGUCAAUGUAAUCAACUUACCCCCAACUUCUAAAUUCCUAGCCUUGUGCCAGAAUUUGGAUAUGAAAAACUAACAACAUCAGUUCUCUUAAGUUAGAGCUGGAAAUACACAAUGACAUCAUAAAGAAAGGAUAUAUAUAUAUAUAUAUAUUAUCAGGUACAGUGGGUUGAUUGAUAAGUUCACACUGUAACUUAGAUGUACAGGGGUGUAUAUAGCAAGGUGCAGACUUGGUUGUAUGAUUUUCGAAGCUUGUGUCUCAAACAUGUGGUUCAUUCCCAUUUCACAGCACCUUGGGUGUCUUCUACUGUAGCUCAGGGCUCACCAAAGUCUUGUGUGUGGAUGUGGUAAAUGGAAACUGAAAGAAGCCCAGUGUAUGUAUAUAUAUAUUUAUACA